AGCCUUUUCUUCUACGUUGAGCUACUAGCAAACUAAGCAACCAAGAGAAAAAUGGCUGCCGCUUUGAUUGGACAGGCUAUUAUCUCCGCUUCCAUCCAGGUGCUGUGCAACAGAAUUGCUUCAACCGAGUUCGCUGACUUGUUCUGGCAGAAGAAGCUGGAUGAACCACUCUUCAUGAAACUGAAGACGACGCUGCUCACCCUUAAUGUAGUGCUCAACGAUGCGGAAGAGAAGCAAAUUUCAAACCCUGCUGUGAGAGACUGGCUGGACGACCUCAAGCAUGCUGUCUUCGACGCGGAGGACAUACUUGAUGAGAUCGACACUGAAGCUUUGCGAUGCAAGGUGGAAGGUGAAGGUCAAACCGAGAAAUUAACCAAAAAGGUGUGGGACUUCUUCUCUACUUCUCGUAGUCAUUUUUAUCGAAGCAUGAAUGUUGGGAUACAAGGGUUAUUACAAAGGCUGGAUGACUUUGUGCAACAGAAAGUUUCCCUUGGUCUUACAGAAGUUGUUGGGAGGAAGGUUUCACAAAGAACUCCAACAACUUCCUUGAUUCAUGAACCUUUUGUAUAUGGAAGAGACGAAGAUAAAGAAAAUUUAUCAAAAGUCUUGUUCUUUGAUGAUGCAAGCGAGGAUGAUGUAUCUAUCAUCACCAUUGUUGGUAUGGGCGGGGUUGGAAAGACGACCCUUGCUCGAGCCCUUUACAAUGAUGAUAAGGUGAAAGAGCACUUUACCCAUAGAUCUUGGGCUUGUGUUUCAGAAGAUUAUGAUGCUAUUAGGGUGACUAAAACUCUUCUCGAGUCGGUCACUUCAAAACCUUCUAAGAUGACAGAUUUGAAUUCGCUUCAAGUUGAACUUAGAGAACAACUGAGAGGAAAUAAAUUCUUAUUUGUGUUGGAUGACCUUUGGAGUGAGAAAUAUUCUGAUUGGAGGUGCCUACAACCUCCUUUUACUUCCGGGGCAAGGGGAAGUAAAGUCAUCGUGACAACACGAAGUGAAAAUGUCGCAUCUCUCAUGAAUAAUGUUCCCAUUCAACACUUGAAGCCUUUGUCACAUGAAGAUUGUUGGAUGUUACUUGCAAAACAUGCGUUUGGAAACGAAAACCACAAUGCACAUCCAACUUUGGAAGAAAUUGGCAAGAAAAUUGCACGCAAGUGCAAUGGUUUGCCUUUAGCAGCAGAGACACUCGGGGGUCUAUUACGUUGUAGGAGAGACUUCGAGGAAUGGAAUAAAUUAUUAAAUAGUAGUCUUUGGGAGCUACCUUAUGAUAAAAGUGAUAUCCUUCCAGCCCUACAUUUGAGCUAUCAUUAUCUCCCUGCUCAGUUGAAAAGAUGCUUUGUGUAUUGUUCACUAUUUCCAAAAGACUAUUUGUUCAAGAAUGAAGAUGUAGUUCUACUUUGGACGGCGGAAGGUUUAAUUCCACAAGAUUUUAACCGGCAAAGAAUGGAAGAGACGGCUAGAAGUUACUUUGAUGAGCUAGUAUCACGAUCACUACUUCAAAAAUCAGGAGAGCGUGGUUUCACAAUGCAUGAUCUUCUUAAUGACUUGGGUCAGUUCAUGUCUAGGGGAUUUUUUUUCAGGUUGGAAGAGAGGGAAUCACAAGAAGUUAAAAGACUUCGUCAUUUGUCAUAUGCUAGGAGAGAAAUUGAUGCUGCUAAAAAAUUUGAGCCAUUAAAUGGGGCUAAGUGUUUGCGGACCUUCCUACCUCUCUUUUUUGGAAUAAAUGACAGGUAUAAACGUUUCCUCAUAAGUAAAAAGUUUCUACGAGAUUUGUUGCCAUCCCUGAAACGUUUACGAGUUUUAUCAUUGUCGUGUUAUAAAAAUUUCAAUGAAUUACCUGAUUCAGUGGGCAAUCUCAUUCACCUACGCUACCUGGAUCUCUCCAAGACAGCAAUUGUAAGCUUACCUGGUGCAGUUUGCACUCUCUACAAUUUGCAGACGUUACUGCUGUCAGGUUGUUCUGCUCUCAUUGAACUGCCAGCAGACAUGAGAAAAUUGAUAAAUUUACGGACAUUAACGUUGGCAGGUUGCAGCUCCCUUACUAAAUUACCUGUAGAUAUGAGGGAAUUGAGUAGUUUGCAUUACCUCGAUGUCAGUGGAACAAACAUACAAGGGAUGCCAGUGGAAUUUGGAAGACUAAAAAGUUUGAGAAAAUUAACUGAUUUCAUUGUGGGGAAAUCUACCGGGUCAAGUAUUGGAGAAUUAAGGGAGUUGCAGCAUCUUCAAGGAAGACUUCAUAUUUCAAAUCUGCAAAAUGUAGUUGAUGUUGUGGAUGCCUUGGAAGCCAAUUUGAAGAAUAAGAAAGGACUCAAUGACUUAGAGUUGGCAUGGGGUGAUGAGGAAGCCGAUGAUACCCAAAAGGAGAGAGAUGUGCUUGACAAGCUCCAACCUUCUGCAAAUUUGGAGAAACUGACUAUGAGAUUCUAUGGAGGAACCAGCUUCCCAACAUGGUUAGGAAGCUCUAAUUCCUUCUCGAACAUACAGUUCAUGUGUAUCAGUGAUUGUAAGUAUUGUUUGUCCUUGCCAAGUUUUGGGCAGCUGCCCACUCUUAAAGAGCUACGUAUCAAAAGGAUGAAAUCUGUUAGGACGGUUGGUGUUGAAUUCUAUGGUGAUCUUAAUGGAGCUUCUGUAAUUCAGCCAUUUCGGUCUCUGAAGACGCUAGACUUUGACGACAUGCCAGAGUGGGAGGAUUGGCGACCGAGUCCAAGUGGAGGUCAAUGUUCAGACUUUCCUUGUCUUCAGGAGAUGGGAAUAUGGAAUUGUCCGAAGCUGAGAGGAUACUUGCCCAAUUGUCUUCCUUGCUUGAAAACAUUUAGGGUGUGUCGGUGUGAAUAUCUACAUCUGCAUGAUGAAUGGGCCAGUAGUAGUAGUAGUCUUAACAUGGACUACUUACAGAAUUCAUUGGAAAUAGUUAUUGAUGGAUGCCCAGGUCUGUUACCAUUAAUAGAGAGAGUAGAGAAGAAGUUCUUGUCCACACUUGCAAUUUAUAAUUUUGAUGCAAUACAGUGCCUGCCCAAAAUGAAAUAUCUACGAAGAUUGAAGUUCUGGGAUUGCCCAACCGUGUCGUCAUUAGAGUUCUUAUCUCAUGAGAUGAUGGCCGAAUUGAUAUCACUUGAGUCUUUGUUUAUGCACAACAGUUUUCAUUCAGUGAGGUCCUUCCCGUUGGGCGUUUUCCCCAAACUUUCAACUCUUCAAAUCUUUUGCUGUGAGAAUCUGGAAUCCUUUUCUAUUGAAGGAGUUGAUCAGAACCUAAGCCAUCUCAAUGAGCUGCGAAUCUACGACUGUCAAAAUCUGGCGUCUUUCCCGGACGGAGGAUUGCCCACUCCCAACUUGGGAGAAUUGAAAGUUGGUGGAUGCAAGAAUUUGAAGUCGUUCCCCGAACGAAUUCGCACCCUUGCCGCCCUUGAACGAUUGGAAUUAUGGGAUCUUCCAAAUCUUGUAUCAUUUGGCCAAGGGGGUUUGCCUCCCAACCUGCAAUAUUUUAGGGUUACACGUUGCGACAAAGUGAAGCCUUCCGUGGAGUGGGGAUUACAAGGACUUGUCUCCCUUAAAGAAUUUACAAUUGUUGGCGAGAUCUGGGCACCUUUGCUCAAGGAACAGCUGCUCCCUACUACUCUUACAGUCUCUACAUCGCUGGACUAUCAAGUCUGAAAUCGGUGGUGGACGUAAAAGGACUUCGACACCUCGCUUCUCUUCACCGGCUAACUAUUUAUGAUUGUCCAAGUCUGGAAUUCCUGCCACGAGAGGGACUUCAACACCUCACUUCUCUUCAAGAGCUAACUAUUGGUUAUUGCCCAAGUCUAGAAUUCCUUCCAGCAGAGGGACUUCUACACCUCACUUCUCUUCAAGAGCUACGAAUUUCUGAUUGUCCAAAACUCCAAUUCCUGCCAGAAAACGGUUUGCCGCCAUCUCUUUCGUACCUGGAGAUCGACUCUUGUUCCACCCUGGAGAAAAGGUAUGAGAAUAAGACGGGAGAAGAUUGGGCCAAUAUAUCCCACAUUCCUUUGAUAAGGAUAGGCAAACAAUUCAUCAUAUCCAUAUGAGCUCUGUUUUUCGGCAUUUCACUCUCAGCAAAGAAGACAGAUUAUCCCUGAAUCUUCAACAUUUUCGGAUGGUAUGAAGAGGAUCAAUCCAGCAUAGUAAGCAUCAAAAGUGCAACAUGUUUAGAAGCCUACUUUCGACAUAGGCGGCACAAACUUGCAUCCACAUUUUCCUCCUUCUCCAUUGGCAGGCUGUCUCGUUUUCUUUAUUCAGAUACCAGAUUGAUGCUUGCGUAGAUACUUUAUGCUUUUGUUGGUUCAUAUAAUCGUAGCUGACAAAUGGAAAGAUGUGUGGAGUUAAAUCUUUCGAGACUCAUUAUGGCCUUUGUGGAUGUGGCAGCGAGCUAACUGUGGUGUGGGACUGUAAAGUACAAUUACCCAAGGGAACAGAUGCUAGCUUGCAUCAAUUAUUGGGCUUGUCUGGCAUGAGUAAACAGCCGUGGCAUGCUUUUCUAGUUUUCUUCACGCUGGUGCAAGAGAUAUAUCAUAGUCCUUAGUGUGGAACUUAAGAGGCGAUUGUCUGAGGCAACGGAUGUUAGCUCACAUCAAUUUCCUAAGCAUUUUUGGCAUGAAGAUGAUGCACCUCUAAAGGAAGAUGAUGGAACCUCGGGAUGAUAUAUUUCUUUGUCAUACGGGCGUGGUUUGAAUACGGUGGCCUGCUAUCUCAUCUUCUUUCAAUGCCAUUAUCAUCUUCAAGUUGGUGUAUCUAUGCUUUUGUUUAUGAAUGUGAACUGGAGUUUGUUGAGCUGAUAUGUAAGUAAAGCAAAAGCAUCUGAGAUGACAUUCAUGUUGAAUAGCUAUCACAAGAAGCAGGCAUUUCAAAAUUUCAUAUGUAGUAGGAAUGUGAGAAAACAGAUGGAGGUUGUCUCAUUUUCUUUAUCCCGGGACCAUCUUAAAGCUUGUGUAGAUACGUUAUAUGCUCUUGUGGAUCUGGCCAUAAAUUCGCAGCAACAAUGGAAAGCCGCACGUAAUUAGAUCUUUUAGCAGAAGAUGUGGAGGUGUGCUUUUUGACGUUUCUCUUCCUUCCGUUAUUUUUCUUCAUCAUCAAUAUAACGAGAGAGGAGGGUGGCUGGGGAGGGGUAGCGAACAAGGAAAAAAAUGAAAAGUUGGUAGAAAGGCUUGCCUAAAGGUGACUAGAAGUAGCACAGUUGCACAGACCCGACAUUUUUACAACGCAGUGCUGCUUCCACAUUCUCCACUUAUCCAAAUUCCAACAACAUAAGUCAGUCAUAAAAUGGAGCAUCCGGUUUUGCAGGCGAGGACAUUGGAAGAGCCCUGAAACGAUUUAAACACUUGUGAUCUGUCCAAGCUACAUGGAAGCAGUGGACGGAAAAGGACUUUGACACCUCACUUCUCUUCAAGAGCUACGAAUUGAAAGCUGCCCCAAUUAUGGAAUUUCUGCCAGGAGAGGGACUACAUCAAUACCUCGCUUCUCUUCAAAAGCUAUAUAUUUGGGGGUUUGGCAGCCUCCAAUGCCUUCCAGAAGAGGGUUUGCCGCCAUCUGUUUCUUUCCUGAAAUCCACCGAUGUUCUGCCCUGGAGAAAAGUUGUGAGAAGAAAGACGUAUGGGAGAAGAUUGAGCCAAGAUAUCUCACAUUCCUUGCAUAUGGAUAGGCAGAGACCUGAUCAUAUGAGCGCUCUAUAGUUCGGAAAUACUUUUGCUUUCUGACAUUUCACUCUCAACUCUCAAACCGAAGUCAGGACACAAGGGCUUCUCCUGGAGAGCUUUUCGUAUGCAAGCUUCCCAAAUUUGCCAAUCACUGCCAGAGGAGAGGAGGGUUAAUUGACCACUGUAUAUACAUUUCGUUUUUCUACUAGAACAAUCGUCGAAGUAGGAGAUCGGGAAAGGUUUAAUCCGGCAUAAUAAGCAUCAAAUGCACAAUAUUACUAACAAAAUGUAUGAGUUUCAAAAAUUACAAGCUUUGUUUACUCUUGUUUUCUUUGUAAAGUCUUGUUUGUUCUGAAUAUUUUGUAUUUCAUUCUUGUAAUAUGAUACGGUGGUUUAAAACAUCAAAUUUUGGAAUAUUUCAUGUAUGCAUUUCAAAAAUCAAUGGACAAUACAGUUUCAUUC